CCAAGGAGAGACUUGCUCAGAGUAUAGAUGCCUCUGAGGAUCCCCUGGCUGCUUUGAAGGGAUUUCCAUCUUUACAAAAAUUAAUGACGCUGGCAGAUGACAUUCCUCACCUGUAUGCUGUCUUCGUUUUCAAUUCUAUUUAUCACUCCAAGCAGGUAAGUAAUGUUUUGAUGGCAAGUUCCUGGGAAGGGUUUUGUGGCCUGACUGAUCUCCCUUUGGACAUCCCCGGAGCCAAUUUCAGUAUGAGUGACUUUCACACAGAACUGUGCUCCCUCAAUCUCACAGCCCUGGAGAUGGAGGCCGCAGCAUACCAGGCUGUAUCGUUUGGCCUAUUGAAUUACACUGCAGAUGUUACAGAUACAGUGGUGAACAUAACACAGUUGAGUGAACAAAUCACAGAGAUGUUCACCCUUCUAAUCACAAUAGAGAACAGCACGACGGAGGAGGAAAUGAUACUGCCACGCUUCCUGAACUGGACCGUGUGGGAACAAGUUAACACCAACCUUCUCAGUGUGAUUACACAUCCAGACCGGCUAAUGAACCUAGUUACAUAUACAUCCGAGAAUGCUGGUGAGUUGCUGACCGUGUUUAUGGGACCUGAUAUGCAGGAACAGCUUCGUACACAGUCAAUUAUAUAUGGUAUACUGGGUGUCUUCAUGGAUAAACUGGACAAUCUAAGUAAUAAAACUGUUUUGAAUUUUGAUGAAAUACUGGCCAAUGACACAGAGACAUUAAAACUAUGGAACAUCAUAAAGACUCCUGGAGUACUGGAAAUAUUGAUGUUUUCUGGAAACUCACAACAGUUCACCCAGCUGCUGAUGACAGAGAAUGCAACUGAAGCUCUCCUAACUAUCUGUGAUUCAAGCACCAACCUAACGUCCCUCAUCGCAGUACCGAGCGGUGUACAGAUGGAUCUUCAUCAGCUCCAGACUGAUUUCUGUCAAGUUAGAUUUGACCUACUGGAACAGGAGUUCAUGGAGGAAAUCAUGAUGGUUAUCAAUAAGUAUAUGGACAACAGCACAAGUUUGAGCUGGUCAACAGUCACAUCCCAGUAUGUACGAAUGUCCAGCUGGAUAGAAUACUGGUCGGAGAACGCCCCGAUACUAGAUCUACCUUCCCUGACUAAUCUACAGGCAGUGUUAGAACAGCAGUAUGGCCAGGGACUGAUGGACUGGUCAUGGACUAACAUGUUUGGUCAGACAAUGGGCCCCAUCACAGAUCCAGAUAUGGCGAAGGCUAUAGCCACAGUGAACUUGAUUUUAGAAGUGGUCAUCAAUAGAUUGGACCAUCUCACUGAUACUGUUAGUUUGAAUACAGUCCUUAUGAAUGAUACUGAUCUGGAACACACCAUGCAAGCUUAUCUAAACAUAAUUCAGUACAGCACAGACCUCCUGUCACAGGACAGUGACCUCAAUGUGGAACGGUUGUUACAACUGAUAGAGAACGGGAGUGUUUUGAUGUCGAUGUGUCAGAGUUCCUCUCUAGCCACAUAUCUCUCAAAGAGUGGACAGGCUACCAACUUAACCACCAGCAUACAGACUGCCAUGUGUAUAAACCCGGAGGUUUUCAUGCAGAACCUACAGUCACAGGCCGAGGCCACCUACAUAGAGACAGAACUGAUGAGGAUAUGGAACAGCUCUGAGCCAUUAGAUGUGAGCUGGAACGACCUAAAUGAUAAUGUGGAAAAUAUGACACGGCUGCUGAUGUCACUCCUUGAACAAGAGCCGAUGGUAGACAUGGGUGCUUGGAACCUCUUUGGUAACUUAAGUAUGCUGAUGAAGUCUUUUGAGGACUUUCUACAAGACCCUAACAAAUUGAUUGAGAUGUCAUCAAGUUUGAAUCCUCUGAUGUCGACGGAAGUUGAUCCUGAGUUAGGUCCAUUCCUUGAUGUGUGGCAACAGAUCUACUCAAAUAUGCAUUUGAUGAUUUCUUCUGUACAAGGUGGGAAACCAUUAAACAGCAGUUUGGUCCUGAGUCUCUUUAAUGUCAUGUCAUCACUGGAUCCUAACUAUGGACAGAUGUUUGAAGAUGUUGGACAGCAUGCAGAUGUUCAGGCAUUUGUGUGUGACGUGGCAUCCCUGAAUGGUCACCUUCCUGGUGAGGCAGCAGCUAUACGUGAUGCAUUGUGUGGUUACCCAGGCAACACCUGGCAGAACCGACUCGAGCAGGUGUUCGGCACCAACGGUACCGUUCCGGGUCGGUUGGUGGAAGUGCUUCAGACAGUUUUUCCACAACACUUUACAAAGUCACCUGCUAUGACAUGGGGAGAGUUGUUUGACCAGAUACAAAAUUUAACAGAAACAACCAUGUUAUUGAAUGCUAACCAUACUGAGGUACUGAUGGAGGCAAUUCUGAUGGCCCUGGGAGACAUGACCCAGUCAGACCAGACCAUUGACAGCUCCUUAGAAUGGCUGAAAAUGAUAGACGAUGGCACUUCAGGAAGUUCAGCCCAAGGACUCUUGACCUUCCUCACAGAGAUUAACAAAUAUCUUAACCGACAGAUUCAGCUGCUUAAAGAUGAUGGCGGUAGCAUCCCUUUGUCUGUCCUAUUGCCUAACAGCACCCUGCUGGCUAACCUACUGGAACAGUUGAAUCAUGAGACUGCUGCGGGUCUCUUAACGGCCUACAUUAACCCUGACCAGUUUUUGGAGUUGACACUUACUGAUAGAUGGAUGGAAGUGGUGUGUAAUGUCAGUCUGUUCGAGCGGACAUUUGUCUUCCCUAAUGGCACAAACACCCAGAAGAUCCAGAAGGAUCUGUGUGCUGAUGCUCAGAGUCAGCAGUCUGUUGUCGGUGAAAUUCUUCAGAGGCUGAAUAUGGCUGAUGUUUUGACUGCGUUUGAUGACUGGAUCAUGGGUAGGCCACCAGUUGUCACCCUGAAUGACACCUACAUGUGGCAGGCCCUACAACACCACAUAGAGAUGCUGUUAUCCAACAUAGAGAAGAUGACAAAUCUCGAGCUCUCUACUAACGGACUGGAACAAUGGCUGGCACCCAUCAUGAAAGCCUUGGAAACCUUGAGCAGACCUAAUCCUGACAGCCUUGGUCAGACCUGUGAGAUGAUGUUAUUGUAUAUUGACAACACAGACUUCUACACUUCCUCCGUCCAACCCUUACUCUUAGGCAUCCUCAACAACAUGGCCAUGACCACCAAACAGAUGGCCAUACAGUCCAUUAUAGAAGAUUCUCUGUGUGACCUGGCCAGUUGGAACAUAUCGAGUCUGACGAGGCGGAUAAAAGAAACCAACCUGACCCAGCUAAUAAUCAGUCUUGGGUCCCCAGUUUUGGAUGUGUCAGGGAAAUUUCAGUGCUCAGCAAUGGUGACAGCUUCCUCUGAACUGGCAAUGAUGUGGAAUGAAAGUGUGUCCCGUAUGUCAUCAAGCAAUACUUCGUAUGAUUGCCUAAUAGGCAGUCUGCAGGCGCCCGUCAACCUUUUAUCGGAUGCCUCACAAACAUUUUCUAUGGUGUCUGAGCUGUUUGGCUUGCUGGCCGACCCUGCUAUACUGUCUCUGGAUGACACUGGAGAUCUGCUAUCCUUGGUGGAGUUUAUGUACGGUGUCUUCUUACAACAACAGAAUGUCUCUGUGAGGUUAGUUGAUAUCCUGACCAACGAUGAGAGCUUUGACAUGAAUUUGAAAGACUUGCUACAGAUCUCACCAGAAAUGAUGGCUCAGCUUCUGAAUGCCACUCUUAAUGCUGACGGGCUGGCACUUCUGAACCAAUCAGCUGAAGACAUAGCUAAGACUCUCUGUGACCCAGACAAACUGGCUGAAGUGAUGACCUUGCCUCAAGUUUCUAACAUCACCAUGGAGGAGUUGAGUAAUACUCUGUGUGGACCUAAUAUCACAGCCACAGUGGAUGUGUUCACUUCAGUGUUAGACACAUCCACCAUCUCAUUUCUGCUAACAGAUGGCAUUUCGGAUCUGAACAUGUGGACCCUUCUUACAGCACACAUUGCGGAUGUCAUCAACAAAGUCCAAAAGCUGACGACCCUGCCCUCCAUCGAUAUAGACUUGAAUAACCUCAACACACUCUUGCCCUACCUACAGCGGUUUAUCUACGACUAUGGACCAGAGGCCUUAGUUAUCAGUUUGAAUGUGGUGAUUGACGAUUUGAAGUCUUUAGCAGCCGAUGAUGAAAUGGCCCUUACAUUGAUGACUGAUGCUCAGUAUGUCAUGAGAGGAAUGACCUCUCUCAAGGUCAUCAGGAACUUCAUCCCACUCAACAUUGUCCUGCAGGACGUGCUAAAAGAUGCAGACAGUUUCAGACGCUACAUGACUGACGAGCUUGGACUGAGCCCAGAGGUGACUGAAGCUGUAUUGACAGGCGCCAUCGACUACUCUGUACUGUUACAGUAUAAAUACACAGAGCUUAAAGAACGUGUGUGUGACCCAGAGUUGUUGUCAGGUAUUCUCAAUCUGACUACGUCCAGUGUCCAGGUGUCACAGAUCAGUUCCGCUCUGUGUAACCUCAACGAUGCUCAAAUUGUUAAUCUCACUGAGAGUCUGCUGCAGAAUUUGGAUGUCGGAGACCUUGUCAAGCAGUAUGUGACGUCUGGUGUAAAUGAGCUGUUUCAAUCUCUAAAUGUGACGAUGGAAGAGGUCAGUGACUCCCUGUCAAAGCUCAGUGCUGCAGAGGAAGGGCUGACAAAGGCUGCCUCUAUAUAUAAAAAUGGAUCAGCUGACCUCAAUCUCAACAUUUUUACUUCUCCUGAAGCACUCGCAGGUAAUGCUAAAUCUCCCGGGGCAUUCACAGGUAACUCUAAAUCUCCCGGGGCAUUCACAGGUAACUCUAAAUCUCCUGAGGCAUUCACAGAUAACUCUAAAUCUCCCUGGGCAUUCACAGAGACUUCACUGCCAUCAAUGUCCAGCAUUUUAUGUGGAGAUGAUUCUGACAGUCUGUCCUUUAGUGACACCAUUGGAGUCUCCAGUAAAGUAUCCUCCUCCCAGGAACUGUCUGCUGACCAGCAAAAGGAGAAGGAGGGACUCUCAGAGGGAUUUUGUCAGGACUUGUAUGUGGACAUCAUAACCUCCGAAUAUGGACCUGUUAUUUGGACUUACCUGAAGCCAUUGAUUCGCGGUAAAAUCCUGUACAGUCCGAAUACCCUGACAACUCAACAGCUCACUCAAAUGAUGUACAAUUCAUCGUUUGGAGUGUUGGAGGAUGUCCAGCAGUAUAGUCAACUUUGGGCAAAAGGACUGACGGACAUAAACAAGCUUAAGUCUGACCCGAAUAUCAUGUCAAACAUUGAGAGUGUGACAUCCAACAACCUAGUUAAAAGUGUGCUGCAGUCCGUCACUGGCAUGACUGCAGAUGAUUUUUUGUCCGGAGUUUCUCUGCUGAAUGACUUUGACCAGGGUGAUUUGUCCAGUAUGGAAUACCUGGCUAAUCUACUGCUAAACUACACGUCCUGUCUGGAGAUGAACCGAUUCCAGGGUUAUGACUCAGAAGCUGAAGUUAUGCAGGCAGCAUAUGAAUAUGGUUCUACCAAUAACUUACUGGCAGUGGUUGUUUUUGAUAAUCUAGAGGAUAGUAACAGGAAAAAAAGAGCAACAACAUACCAGUUGCCGAAACAUGUAUCUUACAAACUCCGUAUGGAUGUAGAAAAUGUUAGGAACACAGUGAGACUAAAGGAAAGAAUGUGGCGGCCAUUCCCUGAAGAUGACAUGAUAUUUGACAUGAGAUACACACGAGGUUUUAUACAGCUCCAGGACAUCAUUGAUACUGCCAUCAUACGCAUGCAGACAGGACAGUCUACUGCAGACACAUCUGUCCACGUCCAACAAUUCCCGACUCCCUGCCACAUUAACGAUGUCUACAUGAACACUCUCAGUAUGUAUUUACUGCCCGUCAUGAUGACUAUGGCAUGGAUCGCAGCUUUAGCUGUUGCUACCAAGAACCUGGUGUACGACCGACAAGAUGGCCAAGAGGAGGCCUUGAAGGUAAUGGGCUUGCACAGCUCCAUCAACUGGUUUAUGUGGUUCCUCAGUUCCAUGGUGAUCAUGUCACUCACAUCAUUGUUAUGUAUUGUGAUACUGAAGGCAGGUAACCUCUACACCUUCUCAAGCUUUGGACUCCUCUUCGUGUACUUCCUCAUCUUCUGCUUUUCCAGUCUCAUGUUAUGUUACAUGGUUAGUGCCCUGUUUACACAAGCUACACUGGCUGUGCUGACCGUACUGAUGAUUUAUUCGGCCUCCUAUAUCCCCUACAUGGUCCUCAUCGCCAUGGAGGUACAGAUGGAGUUCUGGCAGAAGAUCCUGGCUUGUUUGGCCUCAACAACUUCCUUUGGAUUCGCGGCUCAGUACAUUGCACGCUACGAGAUACAGAUGUUGGGUAUGCACUGGGACUCCAUCUAUGACAGUCCUAUGGCUGGAGAUGAAAUGUCCUUUGCCUGGUGCUGUCUCAUGAUGAUCAUCGAUGGUGUCAUCUACCUCGUCAUCGGCUGGUACCUGAGGACCAUCAGACCAGGAAAGCAUGGUGUAUCACAGCCAUGGUAUUUCCCGUUGUCUCCAUACUACUGGGGCUGCAGACUCAGCUCUCCAAGCUCAAAGUACAAAGCACACCUGCAUGAAGGACUUGUGGAGCCGAUGCCAAACAGUUUGACUGUUGGAAUGUCGGUCCAGGGACUUUCUAAAUCCUACGGUAAAACAAGGGCAGUUAAGGACCUAACAGCUGAUUUCUACGAGGGACAAAUCACUGUCCUCCUGGGACAUAAUGGUGCAGCCAAGACUACUACCAUAAAAAUGAUGACCGGUGUAUUGGAGCCAACACAAGGAGAAAUCUAUCUGCAUGGACGACCUAUUAAUAAAACAAACAAGAAAAUUGGAAUAUGCUCACAGCAUGAAACUUUGUUCCACUAUAUGACCGUAGAGGAACAUAUGAAGUUUUAUGGCAGUGUCAAGUCCAAUAUGUCAUCGAAGGAACUCCAGUAUGAGAGAGAACAGCUGUUGAAACAGGUUGACAUGUGGCACGUACGCACGGUUCGGGUGUCAGAUCUAUCCGGCGGUAUGCGGCGUCGACUCUGCGUGGCAUUGGCCUUUGUUGGAGGAUCUGAGAUUGUGAUUCUUGAUGAACCAACCAGUGGUGUAGACCCUAAUGGCCGACACUCCAUCUGGAAUCUCCUCCUACACAGAAAGAGUGGUUGUACAAUACUGUUAUCUACUCACCACCUGGAUGAGGCAGACAUGAUUGGAGACAGGAUAGCUGUCAUGGACAAUGGACGACUUAUGUGUAUCGGCUCGCCUCUCUUUCUCAAACAGCAACUUGGAAGUGGAUAUCACUUGAAACUCAUGAAACUUGAGGAGUGUAACUGGGUCCAUGUGCUGGCUUGCCUGAGGACCUAUAUCCCUGAGGCUGCUGUUAUUGAGGAUAUUGGAUCAGAAUUGACUAUCAAGUUGCCCUCGGGAAACAUGGAGAGACUUUACAGCGGCCUCCAUAACCUUGACAAGAACAAGGAGAGCCUCCACAUCAGCAGCUAUGGCAUCUUUGACACGACAUUGGAAGAGGUGUUUUUGAAAAUCUGUGCUAUGGCGGAGAAAAACCUUCCAUUAACAGACGAAGUUGUGCAGAAAGCAAGUGACAUGCAGCUGGGCAAUAGUCAACUCAGAAUUUCCCCAGAAAACGACAGGCAGAGAGGCAGAGAGCUCCCGGAGAAUCGGUCACGUGUGAGAAGGUCCCGUCACCGAGUAUCCACAGGCAGUCAGAAGUUGCAGCAGUUCGGGGCACUGUUCACUAAACGUUUCCAUCACUAUCGCCGUAACUGGAGGAUGUUCCUGUCUGUCAUCCUGUUUCCUGUACUGUUUGUGGCAGCAGCUCUUGGCCUUACACUUAUCAAACCUAAUGAGAUAGACUCACCGACCCUGUUAUUAACCCCAGCUCUGUAUGGUCCCAACAGCUACUCCUUCUACAGUGAUAAUGCCCAGACUACACACAGUCAGAAGAUAUCCCACCACCUCUGGACACAGCCUGGGAUGAGUACCACUUGUAUGCCCGGCGUGAACUUUGGGUUAGUAUUACAUCGUCCUGGUACGAGUACCACUUGUAUGCCCAGCUAUUACAUCGUCCUGGUAUGGGUACCACUUGUAUGCCGGCGUGAACUUUGGGUUAGUAUUACAUCGUCCUGGUACGAGUACCACUUGUAUGCCCGGCGUGAACUUUGGGUUAGUAUUACAUCGUCCUGGUACGAGUACCACUUGUAUGCCCGGCAUGAACUUUGGGUUAGUAUUACAUCGUCCUGGUACGAGUACCACUUGUAUGCCCGGCGUGAACUUUGGGUUAGUAUUACAUCGUCCUGGUAUGGGUACCACUUGUAUGCCGGCGUGAACUUUGGGUUAGUAUUACAUCGUCCUGGUAUGGGUACCACUUGUAUGCCCGGCGUGAACUUUGGAUCACCGUUUGUGUGUGAGAGGGGAGAGACAAUGUUUACCGGCACUGACAGCAGCCAGGCGACAUAUGACGCAGCACAAUGUUCCUGUUCUGACUACAGUUACACUUGUAACAGCCACGCCAACUCCAUCACUGUACCGCAGAUCGUCACCAACACAACCGACAUCCUCCAGAACCUCGGUACUCACGACAUCACGGACUAUCUCCUCAAAACUUACGACACUUACAAGGAGAACAGAUUUGGUGGGUUUUCAUUUGAUACUGCUUCUGACGGUACCGUUAAUACUAAAGCCACAGUCUGGUUCAACAAUAAGGGCCACCACGCCCUACCAGGAUACCUUAAUGCUUUGAGUAACUCCAUUCUGAGGUCCAAGAUUACACAGGGGGACCCUGCAGAGUACGGAAUCACAACCUACAACCAUCCGAUCUUACUGAACAAACAGCAACUCAACAAAGAAAGCCUUCUCCAGAAUGCAGCAGACCUCGGGAUUGCCAUAGUGUUUCUGUUGGCGUUCACAGCCAUCCCUGUUGGAUUUAUUACUUAUGUAGUGAGUGAACACAGUAGUAAGGAGAAACAACUACAGUAUGUCAGCGGUGUCGGCAACUUGCUUUACUGGUUUACCUCCCUUUUCUGGGAUAUGUUGGUUUUCAGUAUCACUGUUGGACUUGUGGUAGUUGUAAUGGCCAUCUUCAGACAGAACUCGUACUGGGACCGAGAGAAUCUGGCCGGUGUAGUUGUUCUCUUACUCCUAUACGGAUGGGCCACCAUACCCUGGAUGUACUGCACAGUGAAGAUUUACAAGAAUGUCACAUCAGCUUACCUGGUUCUCUUCUGUCUCAACCUCUUCAUCGGGAUAUUACUCAUCUCCUUUGUGUUCAUCCUCAACUUUUUCUCAUCAGAGGUGGGCAUAAAGAAUGCGUAUGAGGUUGUACGACACCUGUUCCUGAUCUUCCCACCAUACAACCUGUGUGACGGCCUGAUAGAGCUCACCUCUAACCAGGUUCAGGCCGAGAUCCUUGCCCGAUUCGGACAGGAUACCUAUGUCAGCCCUUUCUCCUAUGACCUGUUGGCCUACAACUAUAUAGCUCUAGCUAUAGCAGGGUUUGCCUUCUUUGUCCUCCUGUUCUUCACAGAAAUACGAUGUCCAUCUCGAGGAAGAGUAAAGAAUCGUAUUGAUGAUGAAAUAGAGGAAAGCAAUGAAGUGAGAAGUGAGAAGCAACGUGUUUUGUCCCAUCAGGCUCGCGAUGAUGCCCUCGUGGUCAGCAAUAUGUCCAAGGCUUAUAAGAGAGGACGCAAGAGUUUCCUGGCAGUCAACCAUCUGUCGUUUGGUGUACCCAAGGGAGAGUGUUUCGGACUGCUGGGAGUGAACGGUGCAGGAAAAACAACAACGUUUAGAAUGCUGACAGGCGACAUUCUCCCCAGUGAGGGGUCUGCUACCAUCAACCACAAGAGAGUUACUCGAGCCAGCCCAGCUAUUGGACAGGAAGUGGGCUAUUGUCCUCAGGAGGACGCUUUGGAUGGCUACCUAACAGGACGUGAACUUCUCCACUGCCAUGCUAAGCUGAGGGGCAUGCCUGUAGAUAGCAGGGAUUCUGUUGUGGAGGACCUGGUGACCACACUGGGCAUAGACUUCGCUGACCGCACAGUCCAUACCUACAGUGGAGGUAUGAAGAGAAAGCUGUCCAUAGCGAUUGCUCUACUCGGCGAUCCUCAAGUGGUAUUUCUGGAUGAGCCUACCACAGGAAUGGAUCCUGUGGCGAAGCGACUGGUAUGGAACUGUCUAAUGACCUGUGUGAAGAAUCAGCAGGCAGUUGUCCUGACAUCUCAUAGUAUGGAGGAAUGUGACGCCCUGUGUACCAGACUUGCCAUCAUGGUCAAUGGAGAGUUCCGCUGUCUUGGUUCACCUCAGAAACUCAAGAACAAAUAUGGAGAUGGCUACACUGUAACACUGUUCACCAAUGGACUGUCAACCAAUACUAUGGCUCUGUCCGAAUUCACUCAGUCUUCAUUCCCAGGUUCAAUAAUCAGGGACCAGCACCACGGUAUCCUCCUGCUGGACAUUCCACAUUCUAACCUGUCCGUGGCCAACAUACUCGAACGUCUGGAAGCAGCUAAGGAAACGUUUAGUAUCACACACUAUUCAGUGUCACAGACCACUCUUGACAAUGUGUUCAUGAGUUUUGUGCGAGACCAGAAUGAUGGCCUGUCACCAGAGUUUGACAGUUACUCCAGCAGUAGUGAUAGUGUGCUUUCCAGUGAACCGUUCAAUGGUCCAGGCUUCAACAACUAUGCCUACUCCAAUGUUGGAUUCAAAGGCAGUAAGUCUGAUGGGUUACAUGUACAAGGGGAACCUGUUGGAGCUUUCCUACCCCAGACCACAUCCAUCUACCCGGAUCUGUCAACAAAACUCUAGUGGCUUACAGAUCAUAUCAUUAUACAAUGCAAACAAGAUGGAAAAAAAGGCUUUACAUCUUUUUGACUGAAUUUUAUAUCAAAUGUAGCAAUGCUAUUGAAAUGCCUCCAUUUAUUAUUUUACCAUGUAGAUCUUAAUCUUCUCUAAAAGAGAUUUUUCAGGGAGCAACAAGAGAUCCUGGCUGUAUGUCCGACAUAUUGAGGACUAUUUAUGUGUGUGAUAUAUUGUAUAUAUUUCCUCAAUGCAGUGUCUGUUGGCUUGUCCAUAAAGCUGUGAUAUUUUACAUUUGUACUACCUUUAUACAGUAGUAUAUACUGUGUGUUAUCACUUGUGUUUAGGUGAUGGUUACAGAUGUGUCCUCACUUUUACUUACCUGAUACUAAAGAUAGGAAUGCUCUUAUAUGCAAAACUACAUAGCUUUAAUUCUUGAUUUAAAGGCUCAGUUCAGUUAAUUUUUUUCUUUAACAUCAAACAAGUCCAAAAAAAUAGUUGCUGUCAAUAAAAAUAACCUACAUAUUCUACCGCGGUAGUUGAUAAUGAGAUACAGAGUUCACUGUUACCUACCGCGGUAGUUGAUAAUGAGAUACAGAGUUCACUGUUACCUACCGCGGUAGUUGAUAAUGAGAUACAGAGUUCACUGUUACCUACCGCGGUAGUUGAUAAUGAGAUACAGAGUUCACUGUUACCUACCGCGGUAGUUGAUAAUGAGAUACAGAGUUCACUGUUACCUACCGCGGUAGUUGAUAAUGAGAUACAGAGUUCACUGUAACCUACCGCGGUAGUUGAUAAUGAGAUACAGAGUUCACUGUUACCUACCGCGGUAGUUGAUAAUGAGAUACAGAGUUCACUGUUACCUACCGCGGUAGUUGAUAAUGAGAUACAGAGUUCACUGUAACCUACCGCGGUAGUUGAUAAUGAGAUACAGAGUUCACUGUAACCUACCGCGGUAGUUGAUAAUGAGAUACAGAGUUCACUGUUACCUACCGCGGUAGUUGAUAAUGAGAUACAGAGUUCACUGUAACCUACCGCGGUAGUUGAUAAUGAGAUACAGAGUUCACUGUUACCUACCGCGGUAGUUGAUAAUGAUAUACAGAGUUCACUGUAACCUAUCGCGGUAGUUGAUAAUGAGAUACAAAAAUCACUGUAACCUACCACGGUAGUUGAUAAUGAGAUACAAGUUCACUGUAACCUACCGCGGUAGUUGAUAAUGAUAUACAAAGUUCACUGGUCAGUUAUAUCUUGGUAUGUGAUAAUCAUGUAGCUACACACAAAUUGCAACAUCUGGACCCUUCAACAGGAAAAACUACAAAUUACACUGCUUGCAAAAAUUAUAGGUAUCACAGUAACAUUAUGUCUAAGAGAGGAGCUGAAUUUAAAAUUAUUUUAUUUAAAUAUUUCUAAAGAAUUCUCUGUUUAUGUUUGUAAACCAUUACAAUGUACAAUAUUUGUAUCACUUUUGAAAACUUAUUCUCCAGUACAAAAGGCUUCAGUGUUUUGCUAGCCAGGCAGCCGUUACAAAUAAGAACACAACAGAAUAACUGUGAUAUCUUGUCACACUUGUGGAAAGAUUCCAUUUUCAAUUUUAUAGAUAAAUCUUCCGCUGUAAUUUUAUGCAAGUGUUAUGUUUGGUAGUUGCGAGUACUUUUCCUGUAUCUAUAGUCUAUGUGUAACUUAGAUAAGUAGUAUUUAGAUUCUACAUCCGUAUUGAUAUACACUCGACAUGUUUCAGCAUCUAACGGAUCUUAUAUGCAGCCUCAAGUCUAUUUUAGAGAUUCCAGUGUGUUUUACCCACCCAUAAGAGGAUGAUAAAUUGGUCUAUACACGUAUCUUAAACAUUUAUAGACAUGGUGAAGAAUCAGUAAUACACGGACAGCAUGUUAACCUUGUCAACGAAGACAGUGCACCAAAUUAUUGUAGUAUACAAGUAUAGCAUGCGCCGACAAAAUAAAAUCUUCCUGGAGAGCAGCAAUAUGUGUUCAACACUAUUGUAACAGAUACUGCAGGUUUAAGGUUUUUCUUGAAAAUGCGUGUAAAUUCAAAUCUUAUUCACAUUAAAAUAUGAGGAUAUACAAUGAAAGUUUUCUUCACAAGAUCCUGUACAUGUAUCUGUUUGUUUAUAAUUAUGUACAAAGAAUGCAAACAUUCCAUACAAGGACAUUAACAUAUAGUAAAGGAAAUCCAAAUAUCUCCAUGACAGUUCCCCAAAAUAUAUCCAGGUCUCCGUGUUGUAGUUCUAUUUCUCUGACAAGAGUGCCUGCCGACAAUGAAUAACAUUCCAUUUAGCAUUACAGGUACAAUUGUAUACAUGUAUAUGUAUAUAUAUGUGUAAGGAAGUGUAAUUAAUUAUAUAUAGUAAUUACCUGUUAAGAAUGUUCAAUGUACACCUAUAUGCAUACUGUUAUCAUUUUUGUACAGGGUCAAUUUCAAUGCAAUUAUAUUAACAUGACAAUAGGGUAUUGUUUGUCUUGUUAUUGUUUUGGUGCGUAUGGACAGGAAAUCAAUGCAAUGUUUUGUAAAUAUUGAUGAAACUUUACAUGCUUAUUAUUCUUUUAUUUGUUGCAACAUUUAGAAAGUUUAAGUUUCCUUUUAAUAUUCUACAAUUAGAGACAAUAAUUUUUUAUAUCAAUGCAAAACAAAUUUUGUUACAAAUUUCUGUUUUUGAAAUGUACAUGUAUCUUUAAAUUUUGUCUCCUUAUAGUGCACAUGACCAGAAGACUGACAUUUUACAUAGUUUUAGGUCAUCUAAGACAAAUUCUCGAGUGGCCUAUUCUAGUUCAUCCGAGAUUGAGUGGCCUAUUCUAGUUCAUCCGAGAUUGAGUGGCCUAUUCUAGGUCAUCCACGGCAAAGUCUCGAGUGGCCUCUUCUAGGUCAUCUGAGACAAAGUCUUGAGUGGCCUAUUCUAGAUCAUCCGAGACAAAGUCUCGAGUGGCCUAUUCUAGGUCAUCCGAGACAAAGUCUUGAGUGGCCCAUUCUAGGUCAUCCGAGACAAAGUCUUGAGUGGCCUAUUCUAGGUCAUCCGAGACAAAGUCUUGAGUGGCCUAUUUGCUUUUUCAUGGAAACAUGUUGUCAGGUAAAAGGAGCCUUCUUUUCAAUUGUCUGUGUUUAAUUGUUUGUAUAUCUUCUGUCCUGUUAAGGACGCCAUACCUCCAAUAAGGAGUACCUAAAUAUGAUAAAACAGGCUGUUGUAUAUCUGUAUAUAUGACUUGUUCUGUAAUCUUUUUUAGCAUUGUUUUUUUUUCUCAUUUGUUGGUGUUGAUAAGUUAUAUAUAUAUUGUGGGUGCCAUUUACAGUAGAUAAGCAAUUUUGUGACAAGUAGUGUAUACACUGUUGGCGGUAAAGAUUAGUAGUUUUACUGGAGUGUUAAGAUUCUGAAAAACCAAGUGUGCAUACCUUACAAAUAGUGAUGACAAUUAAAUAUCAAGUGUGUGAUUCGUAUGAGCUGGGAUGUAACGGUUGUGUAUCUGUCACUGGAACAUGCCUUAAAAACUGCUGAAUUUCAGCAUUGCUUGAAAAGUUCCGGAAACAUUGUUGAAUUUCAAUAAUGACUUUCUAUUAUAUUGAAUGUGGUUUAGUUGAUAUUUACUGCCAUCUGGAAUACACUGAUUCCUUAUCCCAGCCUAUAUGUUAACUGUUUCAUCAUAUAAAUCAUUCACAGGGUUUUUCCAUAAAGUAGAUUUUUCCUGGUGAAGCACACUUGUUAUUCUAAACUAGUGAUAGAUAAAAACUGCCUCGUUUACCUGUAAUAGUUCCAGCUUUGUUACACCUGGUUAGCUGUUUACACCUGGUUAGCUUUUUCCUGUCUGUUCAUUAUCGUUUGUCAGGGCUUAUUUCCUCUUUACAUUUUCCUUGUGCUGGUCACAAAUUAUUUUUGUUUUCUUACACGAAGUAACAUUUUGUACCUUGAAUACCAAGGAAAUAGUUUUAUACAUACUUGUAUCAUACUUAUGUGCUAUUUAGAUCAUCACCUAUAUACGUGCUAUUUCAGAUCAUCUAUAUAUGUAUUUUUAUAACCUGUAGAUCAGAAUGGCUUUUCUAAUAAAAUAAUAUCCAAGAUGAU